AAAGGGAUUGCCUUGAUUCAGGAUCUUUAUGGGACACUUUGGCAUGUGUUUUUUACCGUUUUUUUUAUUUAUCGUUUUCUAAUCGUCAAUGUAGUGUUUGUACUUUUCUAAAAGAUUGUGUUUAUACAAUGAAUAAUAAGCACUGGAUUUCUUUUCCCUCUGUGUAGAACAGCUGACAUAGAAUAAGAGCGUUACUUAGUAUUCGAACUAGGAAACCCGAAAGACGCGGUAGACAAUUCAAAUGUGUAUAUGUAAGGUGCCCAAAUGACGACAACUCAUCGGAAUAACCAAGCUAUUGAAAUGGCAGAGGAAAAUGGCGAAACAUUCAAGGACAAUAACUCUCCACUUGGUUAUGUUACAGGAGGUGUAGACUCAGAUGAUGAUCUUGUCUGUUGUGGCUACAUACUCUGGGCUCUGUCUAUGCUCGUUAUCAUUUGCACCCUUCCGUUUUCACUGUGCCUUUGUAUUAAGGUGGUCCAGGAGUAUGAAAGGGCCGUUAUAUUCCGCCUGGGUCGCUUAUUAUCAGGAGGAGCCAAGGGACCAGGGCUCUUUUUCAUUGUGCCAUGUAUCGACUCCUACACCAAGGUCGACCUGAGGACGGUGUCAUUUGAUGUGCCACCACAGGAGGUGUUGACGAAGGACUCUGUAACGGUCGCGGUCGACGCGGUGGUUUAUUACCGGGUGUACAAUGCGAACACGUCAAUUACUAACGUGGAAGACGCUAACCGGUCCACGCGCCUCUUGGCGGCCACGACGCUUCGGAACGUGUUGGGAACGAAGAAUUUGAGCGAGAUUCUCGCGGACCGUGAGGCAAUCUCUCACCAGAUGCAGACGUCUCUGGACGAGGCUACAGAUCCGUGGGGAGUCAAAGUGGAGAGGGUCGAGGUUAAGGACGUUCGUUUGCCCGUUCAGCUACAGAGGGCCAUGGCGGCGGAGGCGGAGGCCGCACGUGAGGCCCGGGCUAAGGUGAUAGCGGCAGAGGGCGAACAAAAAGCGUCACGUGCUCUCAAAGAAGCGGCAGACGUCAUUUCGGAAUCGCCCGCAGCCAUCCAGCUCCGGUACCUCCAGACGCUUAACACAAUCUCGGCGGAGAAGAACUCCACAAUCAUAUUCCCCCUGCCCAUAGAACUGUUUUCCUCUUUCACGAGAAGAACUCCACAAUCAUAUUCCCCCAGCACAUAGAACUGUUUUCCUCUUUCACGAGAAGAACUCCAUUAUCAUAUUCCCCCUGCCCAUAGAACAGUUUUCCUCUUUCACGAGAAGAACUCCACCAUCAUAUUCCCCCUGCCCAUAGAACUGUUUUCCUCUUUCACGAGGAGAACUCCACAAUCAUAUUCCCCCUGCCCAUAGAACUGUUUUCCUCUUUCACGAGAAAAACUCCACAAUCAUAUUCCCCCUGCCCAUAAAACUGUUUUCCUCUUUCACGAGAAGAACUCCACAAUCAUACCCCCCCCUGCCCAUAGAACUGUUUUCCUCUUUCACGAGCAGAACUCCACCAUCAUAUUCCCCCUGUCCAUAGAACUUUAUAUUAUAGCUGUUAUUUUAAUAAAUGUCAAUAUCUUUGUCCGCCCAUUGGCUUUCCAUUGCGGAACCCAUGAGUUUUUAAUUUUAAGUUAUCUACAAAAUGAAGUAAUACGUGACGGUAGUAUGCCUAUAACUACUGGAAUUGUCAGGGUCUCUAGGAUAAUCGUCUGGUAUCUUAUUGAUUGUAUAGCGAAACAACACUAAUUCUAGCCCUUAAUGAAUUUAAACAUUGAGUUUCAGUUGAGCUUUUCAGACUGAAGACACCAUUCAAGAGUCCUUUUGUACUGAAAACCGUUUGUAAAUGCAGGUUUGAAGGAAUAUAAACAUACCUACUAUCGGCUUUUGAGUUCAAUGCCUUAUAUAUGAUGAAUUGCACCUGUGUCUGCAUUAGUCAUAUUGUGCAGUGAGCUAGAGUGUUUCCUGUUAUGUGCAUACAUCUAAUCAUAUCUAUAUGUAUUGAUAUCAUAUCAUUAUCUUUUCCCACCUAAGUUGUCAUACGAGAAGUUUUAUCUUGUCUAACUUAUUCAGUUCAUGUUGCUCAUUUGAACUCUGUAUUGAUAAAAAUCUUAUAGCGUAACUCUAGUUAAUGUGCCCACUAGGGCAGGCAGACGCUUACAGGGUGAGGAAUCACGUGAGAGCCAAAAUUUCAACUUGACGGAAUUUUGUAGGAAGACGCAACACUACAAUUUUGGCCAAGAAUUGCAUCAUUAAAAUACAAGAAAUUAACGUCACUUACUUGCUUGUUUACAUCGGUUGUGACCCAUGGUGACUCAUGUGAGAACCCUUUUGAAGUGACGUGAUUCCUUACCCUGCUCAACAUAAAUGCUUUUUCUUGUUAUUAAGCUAUAAAUAUUAUUUCUUUACUUAGCUAACCGUCUUUAACAGUACAAUUUUCUUUGUUAUCACAACUGGUGUUCGUUAUAAUUAAAUUAUAAUAACUGUAUACAUAAGUUUUAUUUUUUGCAGCACCAUUUUUCUUCGUUAGCAUUUAACUAUGACCGUUAUUUCUUUACAUCGCUGUGGGUUUCCUUAACAUAAUAACUGUUCUUUCGGGACAUAACUGUUUUUCUUUAACAUUAUAAUAGUUAUUUCGUUACAUAAAUGGGGAUUUCCUUAACACUUUAACUGGUUUUCCUUAAGAUUAUACCUGUUCUUUCUUAACAUAAGUGUUGUUUAUUAUCAUUAAACUAUAAAUGUUCUUUCUCUUUAUAAAUGUUUUUCAGUAACAUUUUCACUGUAAGUUCUUAGGAAAAGUAUUUGUCCUGAAUAUCUUACGUACGUUUUUUACGUGACUGUUUGGCCUUAACAUAAUGUAAAACUGUUCUUCCAAUACCAUAUGUGUUUCACUUAUACAUAUUUACAUGUUAGUAUAAUACUGAAAUAUAACACAGGGUGCUUUGCUCAUUUUAUUAGUUCCAUAAAAAAAUAAAACUUUUGACUAUUUUACUCUUCUCUGAAGUAAGUGCCAUUCGCUAUACUGCUGUUUAUUGUUGCUCGCCUGUUUCAUUCGUAACAACUCGGUCAUCUCCGGCAAACUUCGGGUUAGACCUCAUGAAUAGGCUUCAAAAUAUACGAAAAUGUGAUGAGGUGAUUAACUCAAUUAUCAUUAUAAUAAGUAGAACCAUGCGAGAACGUGAGAGUCUUGCGGUUUCCAAAACUUUGGGCACAAUCGUUAAAUACGUGAAAACAAAAUUGGAAAAUGUAUAUUGUUGUCAUUCUAUUUGUUACAUAUACCACACGUAUGGAAGCGUAUAUCGUGUAUAAUAAAAAAUAUGAUAAUGUUCUCUUGUCGAAUUGUUUUAUGUCGACUUAACGCGUUAUUUUGUCAACAUUAUGUCGACUUCUGUUACUUGUUAACUGGAUAUGUUGGGUCGAAUCAGGUUAGACAUGUUAUGUCGACUUAAUGAUAAAUGAUAAAUCGACAAAGUAUUAUUUAACAUAUGUGUCGAUAAAAUAUCAAUCUUAAUAUCCACUUUAUAUGUGGAGAAGUCAGCAUAAAUUCGCCAGCAUGUUAUGAUGUAUGUAGCUCGUAAUGUCGACAUGAAACUGUUCGACACAAGACUACAUGAUGACGUCAUCAGUACACACAAUAUACGCCUCCAUAGACAUGCGCAUUGGUUUCUUCGCUUUAUAAAUAUAUAAAUCAAAACUUGUUUAUGUAUUUUACAAGUCAUUUUAUAUGUCUGCUUUAAUAUCAACAGAAAACACAUUGUAUAAAUGCUCUUUGAUUCAAUGCAAGUAAAUUCUCAAUUUAUUUUCCUUUUUGUGUCAGUAAUUUAAUACGUGAUUGAUGCCGGACGUUGCUGAUAAAAGACCUAAACUGUAUCAUCUUUACUCCGAUAACAGUAACAUUAUCGUAUAAAAUAACGAGAUUUUAAUGAAAUAGUAAUGCAAUGAUAAUAAAAUAAUGAAUUAUUAUCAUUCAAGGAAGUGCAAUAGUUUAGCCUUAUAUUUACGGUUAAUAUCUAUUUUCAUUCAUUAUUUGAUACAUAUUCGUCGUAACCUAUAUAAUUGAUAUGUAUUCCUCAUUUCUGUGCUAGAAGUUGAGUACCUUAUAAUAUAGGGUGCGGUUAUCUAGGUACAAAGGCGUAUUUCUAUUUACUAGUUAUUCAACAAGGGAUGUUUAGUGGUUACGUCACUUUUUGUUGUAUAUUUUAUAUAUCUGUUGUCCAUGUCUAGCGUAUCUAUAAGUAUCAUCUUUAUUCCAUAUAAUAAUAACAUUAUCAUAUAUAAUAAUGAAAUAAUAAUGAAAGAAUAAUGAACUAUAAAUGAAAUGAAAAUACAAUAAUGUAAUCAUUAUUUUUAUUUGCUAUUGGAUAUACGUCGUAACGUAUAUAAUCGAUAUGUAUUCCCAAUUUCUGUUCUAGAAUUUGAACAUUUUAUUAUACAGGGUGCGGUUAUCUGUGGUUACAAAACCGCAUUUCUAUUGAUAAGUUGUUAAACAAGGGGUAUUUGGUUAUUACGACACUUUUUGUUGUCAAUGAUUUGUAACAAUAAACGUCUCU